AUGUAUCACUACGCCUCACCACCACCUGGGUGGUCCUCGUUCGAUUACAUGAACUCUCCUCCCACGUCUCCUCACUAUGCCUACUACGCGACACAGUUUGCGAAUCCCUACGUUUCUCCUCGAGGCACGACGAAGCGCCACAAUCGCAAGGCCAGCUACGCCGCCCCAAGGAAUCAGGAGCAUGGCAUUCCGGCUAUGGCCAAAGCUUCUACGAAGCGAUGCCGGAAUAUGGCACGCCGCCACGCAAGCACGAGAAUGUCCAGCGCGACCGGCCUCUGGGACAAGACCGGUUAUCAUUUCUAUGAGACACCGUAUUCGUCGGCACAACAUCGCUCCUCCAUCUUUGUGGAUGUGGUCGAUGAUGUGUUCGAUGACCGACCGCCCGUUACGCCCAAGCGGGACAGCUACGCCCAGCCGCGUCGCCAGCCGUCGUCGUCUCAACGCAAGGCAAGGCCACCCACUGAUCCCUCCUCUCCUCAGGUCCCCGCGUACGACGACCAGGAUUCCCCCAAGCGAUCGCGGGCGCGCCGCCAGUCCACCUCCACGCGCACCCCAUCCAAGCCCAAGCCGUCCGCCAGCCCCAAGGCACCACCCAAGGCGACCGAGGAGGACGCCGCCCGUGCCGGAAUUCCGCCGGGCUAUUCGAUCAAGAACUGGGACCCGACCGAGGCGCCUAUCAUUCUGUUAGGAAGUGUUUUCGAUGCGAACUCGCUGGGCAAGUGGAUCUAUGACUGGACUGUUUUCCACCACGGUGCCUCGACCCCGAUGGCCGACGUGGCGGGUGACUUGUGGUUGCUUCUGAUCAAGCUGGCGGGUAAGGUGAAGCGAGCGGACGAGUGCCUGGAUCGAAUUAAACGACCCGAGGCGCAGGAGAUUGUGGAGGAUUUCUUGGAGAGUGGCGAACGCCUGUGGGCGCGGUUCAAGAAGCUGCUGCGCACAUGUGAGCAGUUCAUGUGGAAGGCAGCCAAGCGGGAGAAUGGUGGCAAGGGCCCCGUCUCGAUGGGCCGCAAUGCUGGCUGUGAAUUCGUCGAGUCGAUUUUCGGUCGCGACCGCGAGUUGGAGAAUACGGAGAAAUUGAUGAACAGCAUCCGGGUGUGGAACAUGCGGUUUGAUGCAAACUGCGAAGAGAUCCUCCGAAGACCGUCGUCUGCUUAG